CAAUGCUGAAACUGGGAUGACGACAGCAGUGUUAGGUGUGUCUUUACUGGUAGUUUAAUUUCACACACACCACUUCAGUUUUUAAUUACUAUUCAUACUAUCAUUUUUGUGUGUGAACUGAAUGUCUGUACCUUUUUUAGUUUUGGUGGAAAGGACCUAGACUUAAUUAGAAAUGGUUUGUAUCUUGUUCACUGAUUUGUCAGAGUUGAUGUUUGCACUGUGUUUAACACGGGACAGGCUUAAUCAGCCCUUUAUGAAUUAUCCGGGUCUGUAAAUGCUGACACCAGUAGUUCAAGAUUGAGAUGAGAUAUAAUUUUAAAGCAUUACGGGAACAAAAAAAAUCCCUCAAAAUUGUGGACAGUAAGGAUUCCUUUAUUAGCCGUUUUUGUUUCUUAUUAGUGGUUUCCUUUUGUUUUGUGUUAUCCUUUAUUUUUGUGUAAUCUUACACGAACUAAACUAAAUUAAAUAAUAACAAUCUAGUAGUAGGUCCUGAGUUGGCACACAGCGGUUGCACGGUACAGGUUUUUCCCACAUGACUUUAACGCAGCAUCAGAUGAUGAGAGUGGGUCAUCAGCUGCAGACAGUCAGGUGUGGUCGGCGGGGAGACAUUCCGACCGGAGCGGUGAUCUAGUGGACUUAACCGGGGGGGCAAAGAAACAACGUCUACCGCGGAUCUGUAAACAUGACCCACCGACAGAGCACCAAGUACGCCAAAGUGACCAAACACCUUUUAAACCUGGGCUAAAGAAGCAAGAAGCGAAAGUCCUCCUCAUGUAAUGAAACAGGGAAUGGUUGACUUUUUACCCAACCACCAGAGGAACUGAAGUGAAGUCAAGAUAUUAGUUUAAAGGAACCUCAGCAGAUGUAACCACUACUGAACUGCAGUGAAAAAGAGGAACGUGUCAGUUUCUCGAUUCUUUUUAAAAGGGGAUGGAGUUAAUGAGUGAGCGGUGGAGGAGUCCAGGGCAAUAACUGGAUUUCUGAUCAGUUGUCAAGUCACCUGUCCAUUUGGCUGUCAGAGCAACAACCACAAAAGGCCAAAUCCCUCUAUCAUGGAGCCUUAGAUGUGCGACUGUCAGUGUUUAAAUGCACAGACCCCUGUGAAGACAUUACAUUGGGACUGCAUCCAAAGGAGAAAGGAGGGAGUGUCCACACUGCACUGACAGAACUGUGAAUGUAAAAGUCUAUGAGUUGUCACAAGUUGGAAAUCCCCUGCAGGAGUGUCUUUUCGUGGCACUGGUACUAAGGUGGAACCAUGCGAUCGCUCUCAGCUGUCCAGCAUGAAUCAUAAAUGCAGAGCUCUCAAGAAGCGCUUCGUUUUCUGCUGGCUGCUGUGGUUUCACUUUGAAACCAAAGAACAUUAUGUGAGCAUUUGAACUGAAACUCAAGGAUACACCAAAGCUAAAAAGUGCAGAAAUUCAACUGGAAAUGUCCUCUUAUUGGCGCGGGAAUGCCUGUGAUUUUUGGACAAACUCUUGUUCUACUCUGAGCUCGUAGCAUUGAGAGGUGGAAAAGAAUACAAACACUGGGGAGAUAAGGAAUAUCACCUCCUCCUAUGAAACUGAUUUUACUUGGGAAUUCAGUAAGAGGCCAUCCAAAUGGCGGGGAAAGACUACAAUCAUCUCUUUAAACUGCUCAUCAUUGGAGACUCCAAUGUGGGGAAAAGCAGCCUCCUGCUCCGCUUUGCAGACAACUCCUUCUCUGGCAGCUACAUCACCACCAUCGGUGUUGACUUUAAGAUCCGAACAGUAGACAUCGAUGGAGAGCGGGUUAAGCUGCAGAUCUGGGACACAGCGGGGCAGGAGAGAUUCAGAACCAUCACAUCAACGUACUACAGAAACACCCAUGGUGUCAUUAUUGUUUACGACGUGACAAAUCCAGAGUCGUUUGUAAAUGUUAAGAGGUGGUUAAAUGAAAUCUCCCAGAACUGCGACAGCGUUUGCAAGAUCCUGGUGGGAAACAAAAAUGACGACCCCACCAGGAAACAGGUGGAUACCCAGGAUGCUGUGCGUUUUGGGGAGUCGAUGGGGGUUCGAGUGUUUGAGACCAGUGCCAAAGAUAACAUCAAUGUAGAAGAGAUGUUCAUGGCCUUCACAAACAUGGUGCUCCGGGCCAAGAAGCAGAGCCAGAACAGAGCCGAGAGGGAGCGAGAGCGGGAGAAGGACACCGUCAAUAUCAACGCCCAGAGAGACCGAGACCGCAGGAAGAGAGGGAAGAAAUGCUGCUGAGACCCAGACGGACAACAAAGCCACUUAUCGCUCAUCGCAUGCACAGAAAGCAUUCAAACAAGAUUGGGAAAACCGUGCCUUAGGAGAUAAGUGUUCUGUGUGUCAAACUGCAGAUAUGAAUGUUUGAUACUCUGCGGUUCGCUCUUUACUAUGCCAAGUUACAACACAACAGGCUACAGGUCAGUCUGCUUAACUGCUGGUUGUGAGUGGAAUCGAGGCAGAGGGAUUUACAGUCUGUCAGCACUGACUGCGUGUAGCAGCCUGGAGGUUGCACGAGUUAAAGGAUCAUUCUGGUGUUUUUGCAACUUUUUGUCCGUUUACUACAAAUCACAUUUUAAGCAUGCUGCAGUGUUUCAGAUUUUUGCUGAGGAUGGAGAAGUUGGUUGGUCCUUCUGAGACAUCUCUGCAACUAACUCCCCAGAUUACCAUGAAAUUUUCUGUUGAUGCUCCCCAGAGGAUGAAUCCUAAUAUCUUCAUCCUUGGUAUUUUAAUUAGUGCCAAUACCAGGUCAAAAUUUUGACUGGAACGUAUCUAUCGGGCAGGUUUCCAUGAAAUUUAGAGCACAUUCACAUACACUUUUGAUUUGAAUGAGUUCAUGAUCAUUUAGCCCAACUACCUACUGUAAGGUUCUAUGACUGGUUUAAUUAAUAGUGUUUGUUAUAGGACUGCAACUAACGAUUCUUUUUCAUAAUCUAUUAAUCUGCAGAUGAUUUUCUUUAUUAAUAAUUUUGUCUAUAAAAAAAUUCAGAAAACAAUGAAAAAAGCCCAUGACAAUUUCCAAGAAGCCAAGGUGAUGUCAUCAGAUGUCUUGUUUGACCCACAGUCCAAAACCCAAAGACAUUUGGGUCAAGACAUUUCAACCACAGUCUCCACAAGUUACCACCCAGAUUGCCAUGAAAUGUGUGGAUAUUCAUGCUUGCCAGAGGAUAAAUCCUAAUAGUGUUGGCGACCUCCAGCCUUGGUCAUGAAAUGACGGAGCCUUUUCCUUAGAGGAUGAAUCUCGUGAGCUUUUAGCUCCAUCCUCGGGUUAAACUUCACUUUUGGCCCAACUUCUGUUCGGCUCUAAAAAUGGCUAAAUCAUCAGGAUGUUUUUUCUGUCCACCAGAAAUUGUACUGUGGGAUGAACACCGCAGCCUCCAGGGCCAGCUGUCUUGUUGAAAUGUGUUUUUCAGCCACCAGUUUUAGCUUGACAUCUGGCUCGAGAUAAUCCAUCACAACAUCGUGCAAAAGUGGAAAGUCUGCGCUUCAUUUUCACAAACAAGUAACAUACCUGAAAAGGUCAGAGUAGACGUGAUGUAAUCUAACUCAGUUAAGUUUCAGAUCUCUGCCAGUUGAAUUUAAUAUUGUAGUGAUACAACUGCUGCCUGUAAGGUUCAUAAAAUACAUUCAUAAAUCAAAAACAACUAUCUGCUUUGAAAUAUGGCGGUGCGAUAUAAAGUGUACAUGAUAGUGAUGAAUGAGCUAAAACAUACAAAAACACUGAUGAUCCUUUAACUUUCCACUAGUGAACCACUGUUAUGUGCCGAUGUUGUAGUUUUUUCUUUUUUCUUAAUACAGUAAAAGUAUUUUACCACUGAAAGGGAACUGUUUGCAUUUGUUGCUAAAUUGUAACCUUGACACACUAACAGGUGUGAUGAGUGCAGUCCGUCUGUAUGCCUUAUUUCAAUUAUUUCAAAUGAGGCCAGUAAUCCAAGACUACAGUAUGUGUAACCUCGACACAGUACAAGCCCAAAAUGUUCAAGUAUGUUGUUUUUUUUAAUGUAAAUCUGUUGCCUAGCAAAUGUGUCAAAAUCCAAAUAAAGCAAUAAAUCCAGA